UAAGCUCCAAGAGACAAGUCGUUGUGGGCUUCACUGACCUUUGCAGCUGACAUCUCUCUCCAGUCUCCCCUCUUCCAUUUCACUCUCUUCCGAUUCUCUGAAUCAUAAACUUCAGACUCUUUAUCACGCAGAGCUGAGAAUUGAAGGCACAAAUCCAAACCUUUCUUCACUAUAAAAGGAACUUCAUAUUUUUAUGAGUAGCAAUGGUUUUCUUGUGCUGGGCUAAGCCAUCACUUCAAGAACAGAAGGAUUGUCUAAACAAGUCAGAUGGAUUUAAUUAUGACUCGAAGUACAGGGGAGCUACUUCCAAACAUGCGUCUUCUCUCAAUGAGCUUUCAAAAGAUGGUUUCUUGAUUAACCAUGCUCGUGUUUUAGUUGGUUCUGGUGUUGAGACUUAUGAAAAGGGCAAGCUGGCUCUUGAAAAUUGGAGGCAUUUUGGGUUUGACUGGGGAUUUGUUGAUUCGAAGACUCCGAUUCGAAGUGGAGUGAAGUUUUGUGUAUGCGUAAAGGAGUUUUUGCCUUGGGUUAUGAUGCCUCUUCAGAUUGUUUAUGUAAAUGAAAGCAGGAGUUCCAAGAAGGAUAUGGCUUCGUUUUGCUUCGGUGGCGGUACCCUUCAAGGUCACUUGCUGGCCAUUACUAACAUUUUACUGGGGAACAGGCUGGGGAAGAGCGUUUUUCAAUUGAAAUGGAUGAGAAGAACCAAGUGUGGUACGAGGUCCUUUCCUUCUCAAAGCCUGCCCACUUUCUGUCAUUUAUCGGGUACCCCUAUGUUCAACUUAGGCAAAAGUUUUUUGCUCAUCAGUCUAGCAAUGCUGUUGUAAAACAUGUGUCUGGUUCAUAAUCCUAUUCAUUUUUAAACUUUCUGUCAUUUAUCGGGUACCCAUAUGUUCAACUUAGGCAAAAGUUUUUUGCUCAUCAGUCUAGCAAUGCUGUUGUAAAACAUGUGUCUGGUUCAUGAUCCUAUUCAUUUUUAAACUUGAAUUCCAGCACUGAGUAAUUGUCUUCA